AUGGUCGCCCUCACCGCCUUCCUUCCUAUCCUCUCUCUCUGUGCACUGUCUGCCAGUGCCGUCAACCUCCAGAUCAAUGUAAAGCACCCCGCCGCCGACUGCGGAGCCGGCUGCAAAGACAUCCUCACCUCCUUUUCUUUCGGCGACAUGGACACCACCUCCACCUCCUACUACGGCAUGUACUGUUCCUCCGACCUCUGGCGACAAUCUCUCGCCCUCUGUAUGGAGACCUACUGUACUGGUGCCGAAGCCCGCGCGGGCUGGGCGCAAAUGGCGGGGUACUGUGUCGAGUACGGAGACGGUAACGAUUUCGGAGAGGAGCAAACGUACUACAACGCCAUCGCCGACAUUUCUGCCGUCCCCACCGUCAACGGCCUCGACGCCGACGCUCUGCUGGUCACUUACAACGAGACUAUCUUGCUCAGAGAAGGUGCUUGGCUCGCUGGUUACAAGACCGAGCUCGUCUGGGAUUUGACUUACAUCUACCACAACGCUUUCGGAUGGUCCAUCUACAUUCUCGUCGGCCUCGCUCUCGUCGCUGGUAUCCUCCGCCGAGUCUCCGACGCCUACCGCACCCACCUCAUCACCAAGACCGGCCGUGCGGUCGACCCCUCCGAAAUGGCCCUCGCACCCCAAGGCUUCUUUGGCAAGCUCGAGACACGAUACGAGAAGUUCCUCGGUACGCCUGCGUUGAUCCGCAAGAAGCACGUGCAAUCAUUUGCUUGGUUCUCUUUGCCUACUAGGUUGGAGGGUGCUUGUAUUGCGUUCUAUGUGCUUUUGAACUUCCUCUACUGCUUUGUCGGAUACAACCUCUUCCACGAGAACCAGUACUGGGACACCUACUCUGCCCAACUCACCCGAUACGUCGCCGACCGAACCGCCAUCCUCUCCUUCUUCAACCUCCCCAUCAUCUGGAUGCUUGCUGGCCGAAACGACGUCAUCCUCUGGCUUACUGGAUGGUCUUUCAGCAGUAUGAACGUCUUCCACCGAUGGGUUGCUAGGGUUUGUACCGCGCAGGCUAUCAUCCAUUCUGCGGCGUGGACUUACCAAGAGCGAGAUGCGCUGGCUACUUCCUUCCAGGAGAUGUACUGGGCUACCGGCAUCUUCGCCACUGUCACCAUGUCCCUCCUCCUCCCCUUUUCCGUCAAGCCCUUCAGGAAGAAGUACUACGAGGCUUUCUUGAUCAUCCACAUUGUCCUCGCUGUCGCUACUUUGACUUUGCUCUUCUUCCACUUGACCGUGUACGAUGGUGAAUACGACCCCUUCAUGUGGGCUUGUGUCGGUGUCUGGGCUUUCGACAGGCUUAUGCGAUACGUCCGAAUCUUCUACCUCACCUUCAAGGCCGCCAAGGGCAACAACGCCACCAUGGUCGCCACCGGCGGCGAGCACGGCCUCAUCCGACUCUCUGUCACCACCUCCCUCAAACACACCCCCACCCCCGGUAUGCACUACUACCUCUACACCCCUCUCUCCAUCACCCCUUGGGAGAAUCACCCCUUCACCCUUGCUUCUUGGCACGAGGAGAACGGCGCUACCGUUUUGGACUUUCUCAUCGGUACGCAGAAGGGUGCUACGGGAAAGAUGAGGAGGAUGGUUAGGAAAGCUGAGAAUGGUGUUGCCAACCUUCGAGUGCUUGUGGAGGGUCCUUAUGGACACACUGCUUCUGUCCGACGAUUCGAUCACGCCCUCUUCGUUGUUGGUGGCUCCGGUGUCACCGCCGCCUUGCCCUACUUGCACGACCUCAAGCAGCGCACUUCCUCCAACGGCAGGUGUGUUACUCGAGAGGCUACUCUUGUGUGGAUCAUCAAGAACAACGAGUACGCCGCCGAUGUGCUCGCCAACGAGCUUGCUGCUGUGCGCGAUGUCGAGGGUUUGGAUGUCAACGUCCAGAUUUACAUCACUGCUUCCUCUGGCGUCACUACUCCUUUGGUGGAGCAGGCUCAGAUCCAGGCUAUCCCUUACUCUACCGACGACUCUUCCCCUGUCACUUCCCCCACCGCUGAAAAGACCCUCGCUUCCGCCGAAAAGUCGCUCAACUCUUCUUCCUCCUCCACAUCCCUCGCGCCCAAGCUUUCCGGCAAGGAAGGUGUUCGCGCCGGUCGACCCCAGAUGCGCGAUGUCCUCUCCACCUCUCUCUCCAAGCUUGUCGGGUCUGAGACUUUGUGUGUGUUGGCUUGUGGACCGGGCGGUAUGAUGGAUGACCUGAGGGCGGCUGUGGUGGAUGCUUAUGGUACUGAGGAGGGCAAGGUCGGCCCCGAGCAGCUGAGUUACUUUGAGGAGUCUUUUUCUUGGUAG